UCCUAAGUAAGUUCAACAUGAAGUUGUUCGUUUUAAGUUUAUUGGUUUUAACAACCGUCGCUCUUUCUGCGGCGAAAACUUCUCGAUCCUCGCGAAAUCGGUUCGUAGGUGGCAGUACAGCCGAAGAGGGCUUAGCGCCUUAUCAAGUAUCUAUACAAUAUGAAUGGGUAGAUAGUCACAUUUGCGGCGGAUCGAUAAUCGACGCCCAAUGGAUAUUAACGGCAGCCCAUUGCGUUGCCUUUUUGCAACCUCAAGACAUUGUAGUUGAAACGGGCACUCAAAAUUUAAUGGAACCCGGUGUACAUUAUUAUGUAAAACGCAUUUACACACAUUGCGGUUACAAUGAACCCCUUCUGCACAACGACAUAGCUUUGCUGCAAUUAAACUCGGCUAUUCUGAUGGACGAGAAAACCCAAAUUAUCCCCUUGCCAGUGCAACCUAUGGAUGAUGAUGAUGACGUUUUACUUACUGGCUGGAGGGGAAUUAGUAGUUCUGGAGGCGGCGGCCCAGCAAUGUUAAAGAAAAUUAAUUUAAAGUACGUGCAAUAUGAACACUGUAAAGGGUUGUUGGAUAACGAUCCCCGGCUAGAUGUCGGUAAUAUAUGCACAGUCACCCGCAAAGGCGGGGGAGCUUGUUUCGGUGAUUCGGGUGGACCUUUAAUUAGUAAUGGACACUUAGUGGGCGUAGUGAGUUGGGCCAAUCCAUGUGCUCUUGGCUUUCCGGAUGCUCAUGCCAGUACAUAUUUCUAUUUGGAUUGGAUACAUCAGACAAUGCAAAGAAAUCAGAAUACGUGUAGUCGUGUUCGUAUAAUUUGUGACUGAUUUAAAUAUUAACUGAUCUAAAGAGAAAAAAUGUUUAAUAAAAUGAUGUGCUUUCUAAAUUUUUUGUCUGAAGUAAAACAAUCAAUUAUGACUUCUACAUUAAUAAUGAAUUGCCU